CUGCACCAGCAACAGGCAGACGCAUACACACCGCAUCAACGACCUCGAGUCAACUCCCAGCGUGCACACCUAUACCCUCACCAAACCAACACCCCCGCAAUACCGCCAAAAUUCCCGGAAUGCGCGAGAUCGUUCAUCUCCAAACCGGCCAGUGUGGCAACCAAAUAGGUGCUGCAUUCUGGCAGACCAUCUCCGGCGAACAUGGCCUCGACGGCGCUGGCGUGUACAAUGGCACGUCUGAUCUCCAGCUCGAGCGCAUGAACGUCUACUUCAACGAGGCCUCUGGCAACAAGUAUGUCCCACGUGCCGUCCUCGUCGAUCUCGAGCCAGGUACCAUGGAUGCCGUCCGUGCUGGUCCAUUCGGUCAGCUCUUCCGCCCAGACAACUUCGUCUUUGGCCAGUCCGGUGCUGGUAACAACUGGGCAAAGGGUCACUACACUGAGGGUGCCGAGCUCGUUGACCAGGUUCUCGAUGUCGUCCGCCGCGAGGCUGAGGGCUGCGACUGCCUUCAAGGUUUCCAGAUCACCCACUCCCUCGGGGGUGGUACCGGUGCUGGUAUGGGUACGCUUUUGAUCUCCAAGAUCCGCGAGGAGUUCCCAGACAGAAUGAUGGCCACCUUCUCCGUCAUGCCAUCGCCAAAGGUCUCCGACACCGUUGUCGAGCCAUACAACGCCACCCUCUCCGUCCACCAGCUGGUUGAGAACUCUGACGAGACCUUCUGUAUCGACAACGAGGCUCUCUACGACAUCUGCAUGCGCACCCUCAAGCUCAACAACCCAAGCUACGGUGACCUCAACCACCUCGUCUCCGCUGUCAUGUCUGGCGUGACCACUUGCCUGCGUUUCCCAGGUCAGCUCAACAGCGAUCUCCGCAAGCUUGCCGUCAACAUGGUGCCAUUCCCACGUCUCCACUUCUUCAUGGUCGGUUUCGCACCACUUACCAGCCGCGGCGCCUACUCCUUCCGCGCCGUCACCGUGCCGGAGCUCACUCAGCAGAUCUUCGACCCAAAGAACAUGAUGGCUGCUAGCGACUUCCGCAACGGACGCUACCUCACUUGUUCGGCUAUCUACCGUGGCAAGGUCUCGAUGAAGGAGGUCGAGGAUCAGAUCAGGAACGUGCAGAACAAGAACACUGCCUACUUCGUUGAGUGGAUUCCGAACAACGUCCAGACCGCUCUCUGCUCUAUCCCACCACGCGGUCUCAAGAUGUCCUCCACCUUCGUCGGCAACAGCACCUCCAUCCAGGAGCUGUUCAAGCGUGUCGGUGACCAGUUCACUGCCAUGUUCCGUCGCAAGGCUUUCUUGCACUGGUACACCGGCGAGGGUAUGGACGAGAUGGAGUUCACUGAGGCAGAGUCGAACAUGAACGACCUUGUCUCUGAGUACCAGCAAUACCAGGAAGCUUCAGUCUCUGAGGGCGAGGAGGAGUACGACGAAGAGGCGCCGCUGGAAGCCGAUGAGUAGAAGUCUCGAAAGCCAGCGAGCAAUGGGCAGAAGGGUUCCCCAUCUACUCCCCAGACCAUGGACACAGCCCCUGAUACUCUACCUCCCAGCUAUGAAGACGUGACGUCUGACCCGGCAGCUCCACACCGCUCCCAGAACCAGGAGAGCGCCUAUCGCAGAGAGACGAGAAACAGCAGUGGUCAGCGGUCUCUUUUUCCUGUCAACGAGUAGAUUGUGGUCCCCUAGCUCGGUUUUUGGCAGCUAUGGUGGCCGAGUAUGAUCAAGGAUAUUGAGCGUUCCUAAUUGUUUCUGCUUUUUUGCACGACAACCCCACACGAAUAGCUUUAGCAGAGAUGUCUGUAGCGACAUCUGCAAGGCACAGUUAUGAAU